ACAACAGAAAAUGCAAGUUUGCCGGCUGUCAUCAAAGUUCUUGCGGAAUAUUUUGUGCAAAAACGCUGGUUGCAGAACUUUCAGCAGAAUGGUUGAAGCCAAACUGGAGGCCGUACCGGUAGUAGACAUUGAUGAAGGUAUCUUCAAGUACGUUUUGAUUAAAGUCUACGGCAAUGAGCAGGCAGAUGGGACCGAGCCAAAUAAGUUGAUCGUGCGUGGUUUUAACCGCGCUCAGUGGCAUUCGGAUAUUUACGACGAAGUGAGUUCGUCCCUGAUGGGACUAGGUCUAGAAACGGAAUGCCUUGGGGGCGGUCGGAUCGAGAACCGGCCGGAUCUGAAGCAGAUCAAAGUGUACGGCUACUCGCAAGGCUAUGGCAAGGCGGAUCAUCUCGAAACGCGUCGCUUGUUGCUCACCAAAUACAAGGAUUAUUCAAUAAGCUGUUCUGACGAAGGAUAUUAAACCGAUUGGAGAAUGUUGGGCGCAAUUUUGCUACAAAAUAGAACUGAAAAUGCUUUAAGAAGGCGAUAUGUGACGUGAUUGCGAAUACCAAUAUUGGUCUUGGACGA